AUGCCACGAUUUAGUGGCUGCACAUGUCCACGUAACAUAUUCUAUUGCACCAGUAUUAACCUAUAUGUUCCAUACAAGAGUGGCCUUUGCUGCUGGUUUAUUGUUUCGUGGGUCGUAUUUACAGAGAAAUUCGUGGUCUUUGACACUCUGGACGCAUACUGGGAGUUGUUUAACGAGACUCCCAACGAAUACAAAUGUUUCUCGGAAGUCGUAUUCCGAGAUGUACCGCAGUCACCUGUCAUAGAACUUGGCCUUUCUUCGAAUACAAGGUUUCCUGGUACUAAGAUUGUCGAGAUUCUCCGCACUGUGGUCGAAGGGAUGCUAAAAUUAUUUCGUAACAAUUAUGGAAUUUACGACAAUAUUGCUCGUGUACCUUCCUCUCCAGAUGAGCUAGUUAUCAUGGAUGAGAUUGUACAAAAAGAUGGCGUGUGGUAUUAUUUCUUUCACAUCCAUACUCCUACCUUUUAUUUCCCAGAUUACUCAUUUUGUGCUGGAUUUCGUAAACUACUUUGCGCAUUACUGCCCUACGAUAUUCGUGUGUUGAUUUCUAACCCUAUUGAUGAUCCUUAUCAGUUAGUGGGUAUUUCUGGUAAUUUCCUACUUAGCCUUGACAACCAUAAACGCAUCUCUCCUUAUGGCCAGUUUCUCGGAACUAAUUCUUCUGUUGACAAGAACGACCUGUUCGUUUCACGUUUCUCGGUGAUGCAUGUCCCUGCCGCAUAUGAACAGUUAAGACUCAAACCUUCAUUCUUUGUUUUACGUGGCUCUUCUCCUCACUCUGUCCCAAAGGAAUGCUACAAUUCAUCACUAGGUUCAAUACCUAACGAUAGUUCUAGUGUCCGCAAAAAUGCCAUCACCGGCAUUCAACGAACUACGUCUCCCACAGCAAAUGACUCUUAUCCCAGUUGUCCACGUGACUUUUUACUGGACAAUGUACAGCCUGCGUCUAUCACAGAGAGUACGGGAAUUGAUGUUACUGACUCAAGCGAUUCUCCUGUUCCAUGCAUAAAUACAGAGCAUGACAAUGAAUCAGAAGAUAGUGGUUCUGUGGUUUUUGACGAAAUAAUUCCUGUGGAUGUCUGCAGUCAUUCAACGAUGUCGCCUUCACCACAAAUAGAUUCCUACCACGCUUCUUGCGUAGUUCCACAAUCUUCUACCGUGUUCAUUUCAGAAUCUUCUGGAAGAUUUCGACCUUGUGACGACCCAAAUCUCCUGACUGUCUACGCAGCAAUAAAUUUCAUGGUUGUAUUGUCUACUAUUAUCAAGAAUAUAUGCCGUUGUUAUUUGUGGCGCAAUUCCCAGAAUACAGACAUAGACAAUUCUUUGUUACCAGUAAAAGACAUUCGCUCAUUAUCAACUGAUCCUUCUUUUCGAAACAAUUCCACAACAUUCUAUUCCCGUGGGACUUUCUUCGGGAGAAGUCUACACGCUGGUCAUAAAACUAGGAAACAUGUAAAAAUUUCACAUCAAACGAAAGUUAUUCGGAAUAAAAAAGUCGGCCUACUAGCAGGUGAGCAUGGAUCUGUUACGCAAAGUAAUUCUCGUGGUGCGUUUCGCCUUGGAGGAAAUAUAUCGUGGGAUAACGUAUGCGGAGUACUUCCUCUCUGUGCUAACACAAAAACUGAGUUCGUUGUACCAGUUUGUUGCUGGUUAAUUUGCUAUCAGAACAGGGUCCCAAUUAAUCCACCAUGA